UGGCCUUCCCCCUCCCCUGUCUCCCCUCCCUCCUGCCCCGCACCCCACGUGAAGCAGAAUAUAAAGGGGGGUGUGAGACUAGAGGGGAAAGUGAGUGGUGAAGGACUUAAGGGGUCCCUCUUCGGGUCCCCGGCCGCCCUGUUCACCCUCGUUCAUCCUCGUUCAUCCUCCCUUCCCGAAGCUCGCCCUCGAAGGCAGGAGCGGCCGGCGCCUUCGGCUGAGGAGGAGGAGGAGGAGGAGGAGGAGAAGGAGGGAUCACGCCGGGCGGAGCGUCAGGUCCCGUUUUCCUCCCCAGCGUCUUGAAUACAAAGAUUAUCGUGCAGAAGGAAAUUGCGCUCGCCUCCUCCGCCCCCCGUACCAACACAAUGCACCAGCCGCCUGAGUCCGCCGCGGCCGCGGCCGCUGCAGACAUUAGUGCUAGGAAGAUGGCGCACCCGGCAAUAUUCCCUAGAAGGGGCAGCGGCAGUGGCAGCGCCUCUGCCCUCAAUGCAGCAGGUACCGGCGCUGGUAGUAAUGCCACAUCUUCCGAGGAUUUUCCGCCUCCGUCGCUGCUCCAGCCGCCACCUCCUGCAGCAUCCUGUGCAUCGGGGCCACAGCCUCCACCUCCACAAAGCCUGAAUCUCCUUUCGCAGGCUCAGCUGCAGACACAGCCUCUUGCACCAGGCGGAACUCAAAUGAAAAAGAAAAGUGGAUUCCAGAUAACGAGCGUUACCCCAGCUCAGAUCUCCGCCAGCAUCAGCUCUAACAACAGUAUAGCAGAGGACACUGAGAGCUAUGAUGAUCUGGAUGAAUCUCACACGGAAGAUCUGUCGUCUUCCGAGAUACUUGAUGUGUCACUUUCCAGGGCUACUGACUUAGGGGAACCUGAACGCAGCUCCUCAGAAGAGACGCUAAAUAACUUCCAGGAAGCUGAGACACCUGGGGCAGUCUCUCCCAACCAGCCCCACCUUCCUCAGCCUCAUUUGCCUCACCUUCCACAACAAAAUGUUGUGAUCAAUGGGAAUGCUCAUCCACACCACCUCCAUCACCACCAUCACGUUCAUCAUGGGCACCACCUCCACCAUGGGCACCACCAUCCAUCCCAUGCUGGUGUGGCCAGUACAUCCAUUCCUGGAGGGCCACCCUCAAGCCCGGUAUCCAGAAAACUCUCUACAACUGGAAGCUCUGACAGUGUUAUACCAGCUGCACUAACUUCUGCUGUAUCAUCGGGUUCCUCACCUGCAUCUGUAAUGACUAAUAUCCGUGCUCCCACUACUACUGGCAGUAUAGGUAUAAAUUCUGUUACUGGCACUAAUACAGUGAAUAAUGUUAACAUUACUGCUGUGGGUAGUUUUAAUCCUAAUGUGACAAGCAGCAUGCUUGGUAAUGCUAAUAUAAAUACAAGCAAUAUACCAAGUGCUGCUAGCGUGAGUGCUGGGCCUGGAGUUAACAGCGGUGUUAAUGUGAAUAUCUCGAGUGGCAUGGGCAAUGGUACUAUUUCUUCAACUGUUAACAGUGUGGUGAAUGCAGCUGCAGGGAUGACUGUGGGAUCAGUUUCAAGUCAGCAGCAACAACCAACAGUUAACACUUCAAGGUUCAGAGUUGUGAAGUUAGAUGCUAGUUCUGAACCCUUUAAAAAAGGUAGAUGGACUUGCACUGAAUUCUAUGAAAAAGAAAAUGCUGUACCUACUACAGAAGGUGUGGUAAAUAAAGUGGUGGAAACGGUAAAACAAAACCCAAUAGAAGUGACUUCUGAGAGGGAGAGCACUAGUGGGAGUUCUGUGAGCAGUAGUGUCAGCACACUGAGUCACUACACAGAAAGUGUGGGAAGUGGAGAGAUGGGAGCCCCUACUGUGGUGGUGCAGCAACAGCAGCAGCAACAACCAACUCUUCAAGGUGUGGCCCUUCAGCAGAUGGAUUUCAGUAGCACUGGUCCACAGAGUAUUCCGGCAGUUAGUAUAUCACAGAGUGUUUCUCAUUCACAGAUCUCACAAGUACAAUUGCAGUCUCAAGAACUGAGCUAUCAGCAAAAGCAAGGUGUUCAACCAGUACCUCUACAAGCCACUAUCAAUGCUGCAACUGGUAUCCAGCCAUCACCUGUUAAUGUGGUUGGUGUACCUUCAGCUUUAGGUCAGCAGCCUUCCAUUUCUAGUUUGGCUCAACCCCAACUGCCAUAUUCUCAGACAGCUCCUCCUGUGCAAGCUCCCCUUCCAGGGGCACCACCUCAGCAGUUACAAUACGGACAACAAUCGACUGUUUCCACACAGAUGGCCCCAGGUCAUGGUAAACCAGUGACUCAGAUUCCUACUUCAGAGUAUGUACAGCAGCAGCCGAUUCUUCAAACAGCAGUGUCCUCUGGCCAGCCCAGUUCUGCAGGAGUGGGAGGAGGAACAACGUUAAUUCCCAUGGCUCAGCCACAGAGUAUCCAGCUGCCAGUGCAGCCCCCAGCAGUCCAAGCACAACCUGCAGGGGCAUGUGGCCAGCCUGUUGGCCAGGCUCAAACAGCAGUAUCUGCUGUACCUACUGGCAGUCAAAUUGCAAAUAUUGUUCAACAAGCAAAUGUACCCACUGCAGUGCAGCAGCCCUCUUCCCAAGUCACACCUUCAGUUGUUCAGCAAGGUGCUCCUCCAUCUUCACAAGUAGUUCCACCUGCUCAAACUGCAAUUAUUCAUCAGGGAGUUCAAACUAGUGCUUCAAGCCUUCCUCAACAAUUGGUCAUUGCACCCCAAAGUACCUUGUUAACUGUGCCUCCCCAGCCACAAGGAUUAGAGUCAGUAGCUCAAGGAGUUGUUUCACAGCAGUUGCCUGCAGUUAGUCCUGUACCCUCUGCUAGUAGUAUUUCUGUUACAAAUCAGGUUAGUUCAGCUGGUCCUUCUGGAAUGCCUUCUGCCCCUACAAACUUGGUUCCACCACAGAAUAUAGCACAAACCCCUGCCACUCAAAAUGGUAGUGUGGUUCAAAGUGUUAGUCAACCUCCCUCGAUAGCAACUAAUAUAAAUUUGCCUUUGGCACAACAGAUAUCACUAAGUUCUCAGUUCUCUGCACAAUCAUUAGCUCAGGCAAUUGGAAGCCAAAUUGAAGAUGCCAGGCGCCCAGCGGAACCCUCCUUAGUUGGCUUACCUCAGACUGUCAGUGGUGACAGUGGGGGAAUGUCAGCAGUUUCAGAUGGGAGUAGCAGCAACCUAGCAGCCUCUGCUUCUCUUUUCCCGUUGAAGGUGCUACCGCUGACGACACCCCUGGUGGAUGGAGAGGAUGAGAGCUCUCUAUUUCAGUGCUUCUCUCCUACCAGAGGUGCAAGGAGUGAUCCUAGAACCACAGAUACAGCCAAGACCACGGAGAGCUUUUGACGUCAGGGGUCCACUUUCUCCACUGAACCCUUGGAGGCAGAAUAUCCAGCUUCUGGAGAGAGUGGGAAAGGAUAAUAAACAAGUAUCUUGAUAAUGGGAGACCGGUUUAUUUGUUCUCUAAUUGCCCAGAUUUCUUUCAACUGGUAAACAUCAUACUUCUUCAGCAAAAGGAACUCUUCUAGCAGAGCCUUCAUGGAUGAUAUCUGUCACACAUGCAGCACCUGCAGUUUGGAAGGCAGUGGUGAACGGAGCCAUGCAAUAUAUCUAGAAGACACAAGGAUGAGAGAGCCACCUGAUCUUGUCAUUUAUAAACUUUAAGAUUUACUCUGGUGUACUCUUGGUCUGGAAAUGGAAAGGCUCAAUUAAUGAAAUAAUUUUUUCAGAUUGGAAUUUUACAUGGCCAUGAAAAUAUUCCUUUCUAUUCAGAAGACUGAAAUAGAGGAAGCAUGAGAGACUUCUUUCUUUUAAAAGCAGCUCUCUGUAUCUGUUUUACAUAAAAGAUUUGUGGGAUUGAAAAAUCACCUUAAAAUCAAGCAGGCAAACAUUUUUUUAGUAGUAUGAGAGAUCCAGAAAACUUAAUGAAACUUUUUUGUUGCCUGACACCAAAAGAAACUAGAAAUAAAUGGUGAACUUAAUUACUCUCAAGUUACUUUUAAAAUUAGGGCAAUACUCUUAGUUUAUCUUUCUCUGGUCUUGAGCCGUAUUUUCCAUUUGUCAAAUCAAUAACAAUUUCAGUAUAGAAGUAGAAGAGACAUCUUUUGAGAUGAAAGUAGCUUGCUCCUUCAUCUAAAGUAGUGAAUACCUGUUAAACUUGAGGUAUCGUUCUGCGCUGAAGGCAUAGUAAAGUUUGAAUCGUACUGAAACAGAGUCAGUCAGUAGUAGUAGUAUGAGGGUUACAAGAUAAUUAUCCAAACUAUCAAUUAAUUGAUGGUAAUAGUUAUCAAAAUUUUUCUAUUUUUCUUUUUGAUAUCUAUUAACUGGUCAGUCAAAACUUUUAUAAAAGAAGUUUUUAAAAGUUAUCCGAUGCUGCCAGUUUGUUUUAUUUGGUAUAAAUUUUAAGAAUGGAAAUUGUAGAAUUAUUAAUAUGGAAGUCUUUAAAAUAUUUUAGGAAUCUAGAAACAUUUGCUAAGUUAUAAGCUGGCCUUGAGUCUUUCUUGGCUAUCUAUUAGACCUGUAUUUACCUCAUUAAUUGUAAAGAAAUUUUUGUAUGUGUAGUACUUAAAAGUAAGCUUAAAAGAUCAAUUUAAACUAAAAUUUCUUGAGAGAGCUCUGAAUUUUCAUAAAUGAUUAUAGUGUUUUAUGCUUGAUUUAUUUUUGUUAAAUAUUAAUAAGACAGUUUUUACAAACACAUACAUGUUUUAAAAAUAACUGCCCAACAUUUUAGAAAGAAUUCAGGGGAACUGAAACUGAAAUUUCUUGGAAAUUAAGUUAGUUGAACUCUUUGAAGCAGUUUAUGGCCUGUGAGAUUAUUAGCCUUUUGUUUCAGUUU